CUUCACAAACGUGGCAACCCUAACACAUACAAACAAAUACAUUUUUGUAUGCAAAUUUAUCAAAGUACUGUAAAUUGCCAUCCUUAAUUAUGUGGUGAGAUCAAUCCAUCUCCUCUGCCUAUCUGUAUCUGUUAAGCUGGUAACUAAUGAAGAGUUUAGGGUUGCCUCCAGUUUUCAUCCGGACAGCCCAAUUUUUGGAAGGAGCUAAUUUCGAAAAAAGUUGACAACCCUAGAAGAGUUUGAAGCAGCAUAUAUUUUUCCCAAGUUUAUCUCUUACUACUUGUGUACAGUGCUCCAGAGAGGGUUAAUUCCUCUGAGUAACUCACCUGUGGAAUAAUUAUCACAUAGGAAUCUGCUGGAGAGAGACCAGAGUGAACUAAGAGCUGGAAGAGUUGAAAGCUGUGUGGAAAGAAGGCCCCAGUGGGGAGUGCUACUGGUUUCUGAAAGAAAAAGACAGGAUGUCUGAUUGAAGUGAUCAAACUGAAAGUCUCCUCUGCAACUUGUGGAAGUGUACAGCCCAGAAUAUGACUUGAUUUUAAUUUAAGAAGUUCCGUUUUAUCUUAAGAUGCUGGCUAUGGUCAAAUCAAAAGAAAUACCAAGUAUAUCACAAGGAGUUGCUCUCAUACAGGAUACAAAAGUCUCAGGGCAGAGUAUAUAUCAAGCUUCAAAGAGCUUCUGUAUGUGAAAUAAGGGCUCCAUGUUUUCAUCACCAGUAAAAUUCCCAUCUGAAUGCAGAUUUACGUUACAGAGCAGAACCCAAGAGAUCCGAAACCCUUUUAAUAUACUGUGCCGCUAUGGUUUUUACAGAGCCAAACAAAAAUGAGAAGAUGAACCCAUAGUGGCGACUGCCCAGGAUUAAGAUUUUCAUGAAACAAUUUUAUCCCAGAUUUAAAGCAAAGAAUUAAAAGCUGCUUACUGAAAAAGGGGACUGUUGUCCUAAAGUUGGGUGCCUCAUUCUGCUCUUCUCAGGUUUUGUCAAUGGAUUCAAGCCUUUACCGCUGGACGCGUGUUGCACGAAGCUGCUCCUCAGAAUGCUCCUCUGAAACAACACCUCUCCUGUCAGCCAAGAGGAAACAACCUGAGUACAACCUGAGCAAGGAACGCGUUGUAUUUGCAAACAAUGAAAAGUACGAGAGAGACUGGAAGAGAGUAUCUCGCUAUUACAAGGGAAACAAGAUUCGAACAACCAAAUAUUCUUUGCUGAGCUUUCUACCGAAAAACCUCUUUGAGCAGUUUUACAGAUCCGCCAACAUUUACUUUGUUUUUCUGGCCGCCUUGAACUGGGUGCCACAAAUCGGCGUGUUUCACAAAGAAAUAACCAUGGUGCCGCUGGUGAUCGUGCUGGGCGUUAUUGCAAUUAAAGAUGCGGUGGAAGACUAUAAACGAUACUGCGUUGACAGAAGAAUCAACUUUACCAAAACCAGCGUUUAUAAUAAGAGCAGUAAUAGCUUUGUUGAGAAAUGUUGGAAAGACGUCUGUGUUGGAGACUUUGUCAAACUCCUCUGCAAUGAGUUCAUUCCGGCGGACAUACUGCUUCUCUACUGCUCUGACCAGAACGGUAUAUGCCACAUAGAGACGGCUAACCUCGAUGGGGAAACCAAUCUGAAGCAAAGACAAGUGGUCAAAGGAUUUUCUAAUCAAGGGCUGCCUUUUGAUCCAGAAGCCUUCAAGAACACCAUUGUUUGCGAGAAGCCAAAUAAUAACCUCAAUAAAUUCAAAGGCUAUAUGCAGCUGGAUAAUGGCCAGCGGAUAGGAUUUGGCAAUGAAAGUCUUCUUCUGCGGGGAUGUACGGUGAGAAAUACUGAAGAAGCCAUCGGCAUUGUCGUCUACGCAGGACACGAGACCAAGGCAAUGUUGAACAACAGCGGCACUCGUUACAAGCGCAGCAAGAUCGAGAGACAGAUGAAUACCAAUGUUUUCUUCUGCGUCGGAAUCCUCUUCAUUAUGUGUCUCAUCGGAGCUUUAGGUCAUGGCAUUUGGUCUUCAAAGUUUGUAAUCCAUCCACUGUUUGAUGUCCCAGAAGCCAAUGGCAGUUACCUCUCUCCUGGUCUUGCCGGUUUCUACAUGUUCCUAACCAUGAUUAUCCUACUACAGAUCUUAAUUCCAAUAUCUCUUUAUGUAUCUAUCGAACUGGUCAAGUUGGGUCAGAUCUAUCUAAUCCAUAAUGACCUUGACUUGUAUGAUGAAGAAAUUGAUUUGUCAGUACAGUGUCGUGCUCUUAACAUCACGGAAGAUCUAGGCCAGAUACAGUAUAUCUUUUCGGACAAAACAGGAACGCUUACCGAGAAUAAAAUGGUUUUUCGGCGUUGCACCAUUGUGGGAUACGAGUUCUCUCAUCAGGAAAAUGCCAAACGGCUAGAAAUGUACAAUGAAGAAGAAUCUGAUGACGAAGAUAUAACAAAACCCAGAAAUUUUUUGUUUGAUCUCGAUGCUGGAAACCAGUCCACCGUGAGACACAAGGGGACAAAGGCAUUGAGGCGCUGCCAAAGUGCCCGGCCUAAUAUUCAAGGGCACUUCCGCAAGAAAUCCGAAGGACGGUUUGAUAUUUCUCAAGUGGCUUUCAGCAGCCCAAUUGAAAAAGAUGUGACCCCAGAUCAUAUGCUGCUUGCGAAGGUUAGAGAAGCAUCAGUCAAGUUUGCCUCCGUCUCGCCAUGUGUAUCUCAGAGUAACAACAAAGCUGCAACUUCACCGUAUAUUGACUUUUUCUUGGCGUUAGCCAUUUGCAAUACCGUAGUUGUCUCCACGGCAACAGAACCAAGGCAAAGGGUCACCAUGCCUACUUUGCUGAAACCUUCUGAAUCAUCUUUAGAGAAGUUUCAAAAUUUUUUCCAAAAGUUAUUGAGCUUCAGCCAGUCCUCCUCCACAUCUCCAUCGAGUUCAGACCCAGGAACCCCGACCAGCUCAAAAAAUAAUAAAGUAAGUCCCGUGCCGUCGGCAGACAAGGACAACAUUUCCAGUUCCAGCUCCGGUGAAGCCGAAUGUCAGAGCAGCUGGAAGGAAGACUCGUCGGUGAGCAAAAGCAGCGCCGAUAACUGUCUAGAAGAAAUGAUUGCCACGGUUUCAUCCUUUCAUAUAGAAGAUGAUUUCUGUUAUGAGGCAGAAAGUCCAGAUGAGGCUGCACUGGUCCAUGCCGCUCGGGCGUACAGCUUCACCUUAAUGUCCCGCACGCCCGAUCAGGUGACGGUGAGGCUUCCGCAAGGUACUUUGCUGACAUUUGAACUCCUAUACACAUUGGGCUUCGACUCUGUAAGAAAAAGAAUGUCAGUGGUGGUUCGUCACCCAAUAACGAGAGAGAUCAUUGUAUACACCAAGGGAGCAGAUUCUGUGAUCAUGGACUUGCUAGACAACCCCGCAAAAGCUCAGAACAUAAGCGAUGAGAAGAAGCUGAUUAAAAUACAAUCGAGGACCCAGAGACAUCUCGACUGGUAUGCACGAGAUGGACUUAGAACUCUCUGCAUGGCGAAAAAGGUGUUAAGCGAAGAUGAGUUUGAGAGGUGGUCAAAUUUCCGAGAAGAAGCUGAAGCCGCAAUUGAAAACAGAGAAGAGCUACUUAUGGAGACGGCUCAGCACCUGGAAACAAAUCUCAGCCUGCUGGGUGCCACAGGAAUCGAGGAUCGGCUUCAGGAAGGGGUUCCCGAUACGAUUGCUUCACUGAGAGAGGCCGGCAUAAACAUAUGGGUGCUGACUGGAGAUAAACAGGAAACUGCUAUUAAUGUUGCACACUCCUGUCAACUUUUGGACCAGUCUGACACAGUGUUUACCAUUAACACUGAAAGCAAGGAAACCUGUGAGUCCAUCCUGGAUUGCACUUUGGAAGACGUUAAAAAGUUUUUUCCCGAAAAGAAGAAAAGAGGAAUAUUCAAACUAAACAAAGCUUCCGUUUCCAACGAGACGGAGGCAGCGUGCCCGCAGGUCGGGUUGGUGAUUGAUGGAAGGACCUUGAAUGUCAUUUUCCAGGGAGGCUUGGAGACAAAGUUCCUAGAGCUGGCCAAGCACUGUCGUUCGGUCCUAUGCUGUCGUGCCACGCCUUUGCAGAAAAGUAUGGUGGUGAAAUUAGUACGGGAUCAACUAAAAGUCAUGACUCUUUCCAUAGGCGACGGGGCUAAUGACGUAAGCAUGAUCCAGGCUGCCGACAUUGGAAUGGGCAUAUCGGGCCAAGAAGGCAUGCAGGCAGUGAUGUCCAGCGACUUUGCGAUAUCCCGUUUCAAACAUCUUAAGAAGUUAUUACUGGUUCACGGUCAUUGGUGCUAUAGCCGUCUGGCAAAUAUGGUCAUCUACUUCUUUUACAAAAAUGUGGCCUACGUGAAUCUUCUCUUUUGGUACCAGUUUUUCUGCGGCUUCUCAGGAACCACCAUGAUCGAUUAUUGGCAGAUGAUCUUUUUCAACCUGUUUUUCACUUCCGUGCCCCCUCUCGUAUUUGGAAUACUGGACAAGGAUGUUUCGGCGGAGACGUUAAUGAGCCUACCUCAUCUUUAUAAAAGUGGACAGCGGUGUGAGUCCUACAAAAUGUCUACAUUCUGGAUAGCCAUGUUGGACGCUUUCUACCAGAGCCUCGUCUGCUUUUUCGUUCCAUAUUUUACAUAUCGAGGUACAGGCAUGGAUGUUCUUUCCUUCGGCACGCCCAUCAACACCGCAUCCUUAUUCACCAUCUUAAUGCAUCUCGCGAUUGAAAUAAAAACAUGGACCGUUUUGCACUGGGCGACGAUUAUUAUAAGCAUCGUCUCUUACUUUGUGGUAUCGCUCGCUUACAACGCCGUGUGCGUGUUGUGUAACGAGCCAGCAAACCCGUACUGGAUGAUGGAGAUGCAAAUGUCAGACCCCUUGUUCUAUUUAGUCUGCAUUGUUACGCCUGUGAUUGCUCUAUUGCCAAGGUACUUUAUGCGGGCAGCGAGAGGAACCUGCAUCGCCAGUCCGCUUAUUAUGGCGCAGAAGCUGGAUAAGCUGGGUAAAUCGGAGAGAGACUUAAAGAUACAGCAAUGGAAGGAAAAAAUUAGGGAAUCCGUGCCUAAAGCGGGCCCUGACGAAUUUGAUUUUAAUUCAUCCAUAAAUAACGGAUACGUUUUACCUCCGACUCCAUCCCGAUUGCAUCGCGACGCUUGCGUUGUAAUGAAGGAAGAAAAUAAUGGCAGCUCCUCUAAAGAAAGUUUUGCCGCUGUACGGCCGUACCGUAAAAACCCAAAUUGCAAUGGUGUAGGACCUGCAAAAGGCGUGACCAAUCUUCUAAAGGACAAUUCUGAAGAAUCCAUAGCCAAUCACAAAAGAUCUAUUAGCACGGUGACAGUUUAAAGACAAAUAUCAUCGGGAUAUUAUCACAGAGCCCGACGCACCUGUAUAUUUAGGACGACUGCCAUUUGGCCCAUAUUGGGUGAAGGCAGAGGAGGGAUUUGCCAAUGUCACUUUAACUGUGAAUUUUUUGCUUAUGCCGAUAAAAAAAAAUGAACGUUUAUAGAGGCUGCACCGCAAUCCUUUUCUUUUGUAUAUGAUACAAUCAAUGUAAACCGACGUUACUGCCUGACGGUAUUGUAAUUUCAGCUUCUUCAUCUCGUAGGCGUCACCGGUUCCUUCUUCCAAAAGCUUACGCAAAAUGGUGCUAAAUGACGCGAGAUUCCUCUAAUGAGUCUAUACAGUUCAUUGUAUUAUUUGGCAUAACCUACUUCUCUUUAGUUUGGGGCGGGAGUUGCACAAGGGAGGCCACAGCAAUGUUUGUGCUUUUAGACAAGAAUGUACUUUACUGAUUGUUUUUCUGUUUCACCUGCAAACUGAAAAUAAGUUGGUCAUUUGGCACCAAAAAUAAACAAACACACAUGGUAAAAGUGUCUUUCUGGGUAAUAGCCUACUAAGGUUUGAAGCUAUAUUAACAUUUUUUGUGUCAGGUUUGGGCACCUGUUUUUAACACCUUUUAUUCCACGCUAGAUCUCUUUAUAAUUUGGACUGAAUAUAAAAUUGUAGCUACUACUUUAAACCAACAUAUGGGUAACAUUGGCAAAGGCUUGAUGGUAACAGAGAAUUCUCGGAGCCUCGUUUCUCUGAGGACUAAACAAUCGGCAGGCCUUGCUCAUUAAAUGUAUUGUUUGGUUUUUGUAAAGGGGUUUCUGCAAUACAUAAGUAAUAAGUAAAUAAGUGCUCAAAUUUAUUUGGCGUAUGGCAAAAUUCUUAUGUAUUUGAUAGGUUUUAUAAAGAAUACCAACACUUAUUACUGUGAAAAGUAGAGUUCACAUCAUACAUUGCUGGGUUCUAUUGAAGCGACUCGGUGUAAGCCCAACGAAUCUACAGAGGUGCCAAAAAAAGAAUUGUAUAUUUUUGCUAAUUUGUGGUUUUUAGAUCUUUUUAAUGUUUAUAUUGUAUUUUUAUUGUUCUGAGCUGCUGUGAACAAAAGCGCGGCGACUGUAUAAAAGAGUAUUCUAAUGCACAAUAUUAAAUUAAAUGUAUUUAUUUGAAGUUUAUGGCUCGAGUGAGCAUAUGUCGUUUUUGUAAUUUGUAGGGUGAGUGACAUUUUUGAAAAGAAUUUGUGGAUCUGAAAAUUGAUACAUGUCAUUAAAGUUUCUUUGAUGUG